ACAGCUGUUUGACAUUUCACACAUCGGAAAAAAUUUUCAUCAUCCGCGCAGCGAAUGUGAGUUUUGUGGAAAUCAGCCGAAACGAUUGUUGUGUAAUAAAUCCGGUAGAAUAUGCUACUUGGCCGCUUCGGGAUAAAGAUAGAAAACGAAUGAACCGCGUUGUCCAGUAGCUAGUGAACGGGAUCCAAAAAGUGCAGAAAUAAUGGCCUACCGCUUACUAACCUCGGCUCGAAAGCUAGAAUCGACAUUGGCAGGGCUCGGUCGACAACAUCGUACCGUCAACACGACCGAUUGCGACCAGAUUAUCCGUAGUCUGAGUUAUCUUCAAUCGAGUAAAAACAAAGUUUGGAACGAAUUCCUACACAGGAUUCAACUGUUCUGUGAGAAACCCCCAAAAGGUUUCGAAAAAUAUUACAAACCAGGAGGUGCCAGGAAAGGCGCUUCCGCCGAAGAAGCAUCCAAGGGUGCGAAACCAGAACUUUCGAAUCCCUCGAAAAGUGCAGCAGGGUCACAGCAGCAGCAGCAACCUCCGAAAAAUGACUGGAAUUUGGGUAUGUUUGGACCUCAACCAGCUAGAGGCAAAAGUGGUGGAACAGGGGGCAGCGGACGUCCUAUUGGCGGUGAGGGUGGCGACAAGGAGAAAAUGAUGGUCUUUGGAGCGCUAGCUGGAGUGGCACUAAUAUCUGCCAUUGCGUAUUUUGAGAUGGGAUAUAAAGAAAUUGCUUGGAAGGAGUUUGUCAAUAACUACCUUGCUCGAGGAAUCGUUGAUAAAUUGGAGGUCGUCAAUAAAAAAUGGGUUCGUGUUCGAUUAACAGCAGGAAACACCUCGGACUCGGGCACACUCUGGUUCAACAUCGGCAGCGUGGAUUCCUUCGAACGCAACCUAGAGAAUGCACAAACGGACAUGAACAUUGAACCGGUUAAUUUUGUCCCGGUAAUCUAUCGUAGUGAAAUCGAAGCCGCUAGUCUUACCGGCCUCUUACCAACGCUGUUAAUCAUUGGUUUCCUGAUCUAUAUGAUGCGAAGAUCGUCGGAAAUGAUGGGCGGCCGUGGUGGACGUAAGGGUGGUGGCCUUUUCGGUGGAGUCAUGCAGUCUACGGCAAAAUUGAUCAAUGCAAACGAAAUCACUGUUGGUUUUAAAGACGUAGCUGGUUGCGAGGAGGCUAAAAUAGAAAUUAUGGAGUUUGUCAAUUUCUUAAAGAAUCCCCAGCAGUACAUCGAUUUGGGAGCAAAGAUCCCGAAAGGCGCCAUGCUGACCGGACCACCAGGCACCGGUAAAACUCUUCUAGCCAAGGCGACGGCCGGAGAAGCCAAUGUUCCUUUCAUUACCGUGUCCGGGUCGGAGUUCUUAGAAAUGUUCGUCGGAGUUGGUCCUUCCCGUGUGCGUGACAUGUUUGCUAUGGCCCGGAAGCAUGCGCCCUGUAUAUUGUUCAUCGACGAAAUCGAUGCUGUUGGACGAAAACGUGGCGGAAAAAGUUUCGGCGGUCACUCGGAGCAGGAAAACACUUUGAACCAAUUGCUUGUCGAGAUGGACGGGUUCAAUACCACCACCAACGUCGUUGUUUUGGCUGCUACCAAUCGAGUUGACAUCCUGGAUAAGGCACUGUUACGUCCCGGACGCUUCGAUAGACAAAUUUUCGUACCAGCACCGGACAUCAAAGGUCGUGCCAGUAUUUUCAAAGUGCAUUUGGGUCCACUGAAGACUGACUUGAACAAAAUGGAUUUGGCGAGAAAAAUGGCUGCACUCACACCUGGUUUCACUGGAGCUGACAUUGCCAAUGUUUGCAAUGAAGCUGCUUUGAUUGCCGCUCGUGACUUGAACGAGUCUAUUAAUUUGAAACACUUUGAACAAGCAAUAGAGCGUGUUAUUGCAGGAAUGGAAAAGAAAACAAACGUCCUGUCACCGGAUGAGAAACGCACGGUUGCAUACCAUGAAGCUGGCCACGCCGUAUCCGGUUGGUUCCUAGAGCAUUCCGAUCCUCUGCUCAAAGUUUCGAUUAUUCCUCGUGGAAAAGGGCUUGGUUACGCACAGUACUUACCGAAGGACCAAUAUCUGCUGACCACCGAACAACUAUUCGAUCGUAUGUGCAUGACCCUUGGUGGCCGAGUUUCGGAGGAAAUUUUCUUCAACAGGAUUACCACUGGUGCUCAGGAUGACCUUAAGAAGAUCACCGAUAGUGCUUAUGCCCAGAUAACUCGCUUCGGAAUGAACAGAAAAGUCGGCCAGGUCAGUUUCGAUUCACAGUCCGGUGAUCCGAUGUUCACCAAGCCCUACUCGGAGCAAACAGCGCAGCUGAUUGACGAAGAAGUUCGGAAGCUAAUCGACAGUGCAUACAAACGGACAGUUGAUCUACUGGUCAAGCAUAAAUCUGACGUGGAGAAGGUUGCUGAGCGAUUGCUCAAAAAUGAAAUCCUCAGUCGGGAUGACAUGAUUGAAUUGCUUGGAAAGCGGCCGUUCCCAGAAAAAUCUACCUAUGAGGAGUUUGUCGAAGGCACUGGCUCUUUUGAGGAAGAUACAACACUUCCGGAAGGCUUGUCAAGCUGGAACAAGGAAAAGGCGCCCGUAGAGGAGCACGAUUCGAGCAGUAAAAAGCCAACUGAAACGACGAAAGCAUAGUAGAAAUAUGAUUGUUAUAGCAGUAUAUGUAACAAACAAGAAAAGUGUAUCGGAGUCAGACGGGGCGGCUUGAAUAAAUCACCAAUUGUUAAAUGAAAUGUAUCAUUUUCAAUGUAUUUUAUUUGAUUCGAAAAUUUUAAUUGUAGUUUAUAAGAUACUAAAACUUUA